UCGACCCGGGUCGCUCGGUCGGCUCCUCCGGGCGCGCUCUGCCGGCCGGGCUCAUCCAGCGGGGCAACCCGUACGAGACGUGGAGCUCGUACCUCGGCCGCCUGGCCGUCGAGCGGCGCGCGCGGCUCGAGCGGCACCGGCGCUCCGCCGACCAGCCCCACUCGCGCCAGAAGCGCUUUCCUCAGCUUCCCGUCCGGCUCCUACCUCUACAUCGAGCCGGAGCUGUACACGCCGCUGUUCACGCAGGGAGACUUCUCGCUCCGGAUCGACACCGAGGUGCAGCUGCGCUGGACGCUCCCCAAUGACACCUUCACCCUGGGGCGGUCCGUACUGGGAGGCGACCGACUCGGCAUCUACGAGACGGCCCGCCUCAGUCUGGAUAGGUUCGGUUUGGACGGCAAGGCGUGCAUCCUGAGGAGCAUCUGCGAAGCGGCCGAAUACCCGCUGGAGAACGAGGGCCUGCUCGGCGAAGUGCUCAACAUCGUGCUGACGGCGUCGCGCACCACCACCGAGGACGGCGCCGAGCAGGAGUACACGCAGGCCGAGUACCAGGGUCGUUCGCAGGGUGACUGCUACGCCGCCUACCCCGACUGUCCCGUCUCCAUGUUCAACCUGAUCUGAGCGCGCGCCGGCCACCGGUGGCGGGAACGCGCGCGC